AUGACGUUCGAUAUUUUAGAUCUUUUAAAGGGUAAAAAGAAAGUGGAACCCCCUACAGCAGAAGAAUUAGAAAAACAUGGGAUCAGAGUGGUGAUACAGUACAACAUGACUUGCGAUUCUUGUGCAAAAAAAGUCCUGAAAUGCUGUAAAAGUUUUCCUGGAGUUUCUGAAGCAAAUCUUGAUGCUACACGCUUACUGGUAACUGUGAUUGGUGUGUUUGAACUAGAAAAGUUCGUAAAAACACUCUGGGAAAAGCGUAAUAAAAAAGUAAAAAUUGUAGAGGAAGAAAGGAUAGGAGGAAAAACAAGCAAGGGAGAUGGAGGAGGACAAGAGAGCAUCGAAGCAGUGAAGGAAAACAAGCUAGCAAUGAAGGAGGAGGAGGAGGAGCAAACAAAGAAAGGCAAACAUGUAAUGGACGAGGGACAAGCUAGCAAUGGAGGACAACAAGGAAAUUAA